UAAGGAUCAAAUUUGUUGAUAGUUAACAAAUACCUAUCAGUAUAUUUUUAAUAAUGUAACACAUUGCUGUGCUGUCCGAUAAGUGUUGUUGGUAUUCAAUACUUCCAGUAUAAGAGUAGACGACACAAAAAAGGAUUGAAACGUGAAUAGACUCAAUUUUACUCAAAUGCAUGAGGUGUUUGCUUCAUAUAAAUCAUAAUCCAAGAAAUGUGCCGUAAAUUCAUAUCAAAAGGAAAUGUUUUGCUGAAGAAGGACUUAUAUCAGAUUAUACCUUCUUAGUUCCAGUGAUCAUCAAAUGAUACAUCAAAAUGUAUGAAGUGUUUGUUCUAUAUGAUGAUACAGAUUGUUUUACUCAUAAAACUCUUUAUCCUGCUUUCGAAAAUCAAAAGCUAGAAUAUUGUUCAUUUAAUCACUUUCCAGAAAAGACAAUAUUUGGUACCCUUAAGGCAUUAGAUCCCUUUCCUAAUAAAAUUCUUAUAAUAUUAUCGGACGAGUUAUGUCAGGAUGAAAUUAAAAAUAAUACUAUUGAAUUUGUUCUGUCAUGUGCCAGCAUAAUGUACGGAAGUGUCAAUAAAGUUUUUGAUCGCGUUAUCACUUUUAUAACUACUGGAUCAAUAACUAAAGAAAAUGGGUUAUUUCCACUGCUGAAAACUACUAUAAUUCAUAACAACUCAGCAGCUUCCAUCACGGAUCUUGUAUCAGAAAUCAGAUUACAGAUAAUGCCAUUUUGUACAAUUCUGGCCAAAAAUGGUCUUGUUGAAACUUUAGGUUUGCAUGGAUUAAGCAUGAAACAUUUAGAAUCAGAAAUAUUUGGUCUUAUGAUUUCAACACAAACUCUUUGUUUACAAAUCGACUUGGAUGAAUAUUUCAGAUAUCGACAAAAACAUCAGGAUCACAAAACCGUAGACGUUUUGGGACAAAGACACGUUUUGCGAAGUCCUAAUACUAAGGUUUUGAUUAUACUAGAUAAUAACUCAAACAGAUUCAAAGAAGCCGUGUCAGAUAUUUCUGAUAUUUGUUCGUCUUUAAUUUGUUACACUCGAGACUUUGAACCUGUAGAAUUAGUGUGUUCUGUUGCUGGAAAGUAUGAUUCUGCUGAAGAAAACUUUCUCAUGGACAUUUACCCAAAUGCAUGGUACGGUUUUACACGAAAAGCUGUUACUGAUAUUGAACAACCGCGUUUUGAAAAUUAUAGUAGUGUUGAAGAAAGAAGGAAUUCAUUUCCUCCAGCGUGGAUUAAAAGUGAUCUAGAUCAGGUAAACAAAAUAGCCCAGGCUGGUUUUUUCUACCCAGGAGUUGGAUUAAAUGGACAGUGUUAUUCCUGUAGUGGUUGGUUCAGCAAUGUAAAAUAUCAUACAAAUCCGCUUACUAAACAUGCUUCCCAAUACCCAGAUUGUAAAUUCAUCAAAGAAACUUUAUCAGAGGAAGAAAUACAGAAUGCAAUUUUACAAUUCAACGAUGUUAAUACCAAAAAUAAUUUUGCAUCUCAACUUGAAAAAACGUAUUGCACUUUAAAAUCUAGAAAGGAAACCUUUAAAGCUAGUGUUUGUAAUAUAAGUGCAUCGGAUGUAGAACGAUGGGCAGAAGCUGGAUUUUAUUGUGUUGCGUUGAAUACUAUUCAGUGCUUCAAAUGUUGCGUUAGACUCUUUCAAAUUCCACAAAAUGUAAACAUUUGGACAAUACAUGCAAAUAUAUCUCCCAAAUGUCCUUACAUGUAUGAAAAGAAGGGAAAAGAAUUUAUUUCAGAUUUACGCCUUUCUAAGAAACUUUCAAUUUGUCCAAAGCAAACAAUAAUAACAAUUAAGGGAAUGGAUUACAGUACUCAAACUGACACUGAAGAAGACAAUACCCAAACAGACACUGACGAAUAUCUUUUCAGACCAUGGUAGUAAAAAACAGGUCAUUACAUGACAGAGAUAUGUUGAGCUACCGUGGCAAAUGUAACAUUUUUGUUUGAAUAACCUGGUCUGUUAAUUAUGUUAUUUUAUAGUUGUACUGUUUAUAAUACUUUAUGCUUAUAUAACACUAGAAAAAAACAUGCAAGAGCUCAGGUUGGAGACUACUGAAAAUGUUUAUACUAAUACACAGCUGAGGUUGGUGUUUCUCAAACAACAUUGAUGCACUAAUGCAAUAUGGUGAUAGUUUUGAUUCGUUUGUCAGUUUUUCUUCCAUGGGAGUUUAAAUGUCCAAUUUUAAGUUUCUGUCUCAGUGUUAUAGUAGUGCUCCCAGAAAGGAGGGAAUAACUCAAAUGAAAGAGGAGGACAACCUAAAACACUGAUGAUUAAUCAUUUCUUCAUUGGUGCGAGUUUGUGUUUUUGUUUUUUUUAAUUGGUGCAUUCUGUCUCCGGGUUGUCCGAGAAAUGAGAAAUUUACUAAGAGAAAAAUAAAACAAUCUACUUAUUUAACACAUUUCUUCGAUUUUGUUUUGAAGCUCUUAUUCAUGCACUAAUGCAUUAUGUUGAUAGUUUUGAUUAGCCUUUGUAAGUUCUUCAUCAAGGAGUUUGGAUGUCCAAUUAGAAAAUUUAGAAUCAAAAAGUUUUGGUCUUUUGAUAUCAACCCAAAAUGGAGUCAGGAGUAUGACAGUUGUUAUACAUGUGUUUGGUGUAGUUGUGCUUUUGAUUUUGCCAUUUGCUAAGUGACUUUCUGUUUAGAAUAUUCCUCGCAGUUCGAUAUAGUUAUACUUUUUACUGUAUAAAAAUGACUCGGACGGUUUUUUAAAAAGAUUGACAAAAGCAUCAAAAUCACCGUAAUGAAGACAUGUUGGGAAAGUGACAUAAAGUUUUACUUGUACAAAACAAUAUCUUUAACAAAUUUCAGGAAUCCGUGUUCAACAUUUUUAAUUCUAAUAUAUGUUAUAGAGUGAAAUUAAACAAUGGAUUAACAAAGGUAUGAUGGUUUUAAAUAUAAUUUCUGAUAAAAUUUAACUAAAUGGGUGGUAUAAAAUUUAACAAAACGAGAUUAAUUGUAUUACAAAGGCAUUCUUAGAAAGAUAAAGUAGAGAUGAAGAAUCAAACAUUUCGUUUCCAACAAAAUAGAUUUAGGAUUAUUAAGAUACGCUUAAAUAACUUUGUACAUGCUGUUUUCUUGUACUAUUGAGUCGACCCAAUGAACAGUGUUAUCAUUGUGGCUGUUUUCUACCAAUAUAAAGUGUCCGAAAAAAAAUCAUUCUCCAAAUAAUCAAAAGGGAAAUUCAUCAAAGAAACAUUAUCAGAAGAUCAAAUGCCAAAAAAAACCUGAAUUUUGAAUAUUGACUUAAACAAAUGAAUUGUUAUUACGAAUCUAAACAGGAAAAAAAUUAAUAAUGUUAAGUUAAUUGGGUGUAGAUCGAUGGGCAGAGUUUGGCAAUGAUUUUGUUUUAUGUUUUAUUGGAUAUUUUUCCGUGUUUCAGAUGCUGUGAUAGUAUUUUACGUUCCGCAAAAUGAAAAAACUUCAGCAAUACAAGCAAUUCCAAAUUAUUUGUUAAAAAAACCCAACUAUGUAUAUGAAAAGAAGGGACAGCAGACGUUCGCCU